CUGGAUCGCACGCAGAGUGUCAGUGUUGUAUCGAAUGUCUCGACCGGUCUCGACCAGUGUCAGCUACUGUUCUCUCUAAAAUGAGCGUGAUAACAAAGAGAAAUAAACAACGUAGCGAUACCGUCAGCUUAUUUUCGUUCUGAUCAGUCUUGACAUGCAAAAGGAACCGCUGUUUACUCCGCAUACUCUUUUAUUUGUGCACCUUCGCGAGCAGUCGUAGCAGAGAGGUUAGGGUAAUCGCUGUGCCAGUCUCGUAUGUACGACCGACCUGUGCGCGGAAGUUGUUAAACGAUAGUAAACAGUUCUCUCGAGGGACAUUGUCGUGCGUUAACGUGAAAUGAAGUGGCUCGACAAAAUAUUUUUGUUCGUGUACGGUGAACUGUGUCCAGGCUGCAGUUCCACUGGCAGAGACUAAAGAAUUGUAACUAUUGGCGGAAACGGGUCACGCGGAUGACGUAAGAAUCGUCGCGAUAACAUAUCGAGGGACACUGGUUAUCGUGUGUCCUCGCUCGUUUGAACUUGGCAUUAAUUUCUGAGAAUCUUCGAUUAAAACGAAUUUGUAAAAUGGGCGAGCGACGAGGCACGAAGGCGUUAGAACUUUGGUGUCGCCGGAUAACCGAGGGUUAUCCCGGCGUCAGUGUGCAGAAUAUGACUACUUCGUGGAAGGACGGUCUCGCGUUCUGCGCAAUGAUUCAUCAUUUCAGGCCCGACCUCAUAUUUUAUUGCGUUUUCAACUUACCGGACUCGUUUAGUUAUGACUUUGACAGUUUAAACAAGAACGACGUGUAUGGCAACAACGAGCUGGCGUUUCGAAUAGCGGAACAGCAUCUUGGUAUCCCGGCGCUUUUGGACGCGGAGGACAUGGCCUCGUGUUCCGUGCCUGACCGAUUGUCCAUUCUCACGUACCUCUCGCAGUUUUAUCAGACCUUCGGUGGUUCGUCGCCGACACGUGUUCCAGUGAGUAGAGCAACAGAUGCUAUGGAAGAAAAGAUCGCGCAGGUGCCCGAAUCUUCGAAAGAAAAGGAGGCGUCGUCGUGCUCGGGUAUGCGAAAGGAUCACUGUGCCGUCUGCGGACUGCCAAUUUUCCUCGCGGAAAAGUUGGUGCUAGCCCGCGUCGCUUACCACCGUACUUGCUUUCGUUGCGCACGGUGCAGCAACCAAUUGACUCCCGGUAAUUACUACGAGACCGAGGAGGGACAAUUCUGCUGCGAGACCUGCCCGGACGAGGAGAUCCUCUCGUCGAGCGUACGGGAUUUAGAGGAAUCCGUGACGAACAGCGGUACCGAGAACGACGACCACGACUCGUCUUCGAAGCUGUCCGGCAGCGACGACGACAAUAUAAUUAAACCAACGUUGCCCAAUGACCCGACGAAAAGAUAUGACCACGAUUCCCCCGUUCCCGACAUAAUCGCGCAAACCUCCCGGCUCCGUUUGAACUUCAUCGCGAAUCAGCUGCUCUCCGAAGAGACCGAUAACUCGGUGAGCGAAUGUGACAAUCAUUUGACGAAUCAUUCUUCGAAUCUAAAUACAGAGAGCCCGAACUCGGUGUCCGCGAUUAAUCACGGGGGAGAGGAGAAAAAGGGGGAGUGCGAUCGUCUUGCCGCGAGUUUGGACUUAGAAUCUCGUUUAGACGAGGAAAGUGUCGGAGAGGAGAACUCGAGGGGUCUGGUUCAGGGCCAGUCGGGUAUCGAGGGUUCUCCUCAUAAAUCGGUGCUUCGCAGCGACGAUAAGGAACGCGGGCCCAGUUCCUUGGUUCAGGAGAGACUUAAACUGUUCGAGAGUAGGACUGAUAGGUUCGAGAAUAAGAAGUAUGAUCGAGGUGUCAAAACGUUUAAGUCAGAGGUGCACGCUAAGAAACGUGACGAUCCGACGUGUCCCGUUACGACGAAGACGGUCGUUGAUCAGGUGGAUGCCUCGGAGUCUCCGAACUCCGAGAGCCUCGGUGCGGCCGGUUCGGUCCAGGUGCUUUCCCACGAAGUGCCAAAUCUGCUAACAGUACCUGAAGAUUCAACGCCGAGUGCUUCGGAAGAAAAGAGUAACGAGGACGAUACGCGCGUAGAUCUCGCGAGCGAUACCGUCGCAACGAACGUAAGUGACAACGAAGACUAUCCGGAGGAUCUAAAUCCGUUCAACGUCGACGAAGAGGAGAAAACGGUCGACUCUAAAGACGUUUCGAAGACCAGUGGUAAUUCGACGAAUCCUUUCGGAGAGGAAGAGGAAGAGGAAAAGGAAGAGGAAAUAGUGAAGAAGACUGAAUUUGUGCCACCAAAACCAGCCACGAGAGUCAACGUCGGUAGUGCUAAAGCUAAUGAACUUACGGAUAAACCGGCGAAGAGACGUUUAGUGGCGCCGCAUAUCAAUUUGAAUCCCUUCUGGAGCGAUGACGAUGAUCACGAUAGUGAUCUCGAGCCUGCUGGGAAAACAGCCACGCCUGUGCCUAAACCGCGUACUUUUAAGAGCAUUCAGGAGAUAGGUAUGAGCGAAGGAAGAUUGAAUCGAAGUCAUAAUGAUUUGUACGCGUCGAACAGUUCCUUGAAAAGCACGGAAACGAGUAUAAGUUCCGGAGGGACCUACAGAAAGAAGAAACAGGCACCGUUGCCACCUAACAUGACAGAACCGAGCGUGUCCGAUCAACGUACGCCGUUCAAGUCGCGGAACGUUUCCACUGGAUAUCACGAUUCACCUACACACUCGACGCCCAAGGCGAGAAAGACGAAACCUGCUCCUCCUCCGCCGAUCGCGACCACGUCUACUUCUGAACAAUCUCCGAUGAGCAAAGCGGCGAACAAUGAGAACAGCUUGUUGUGGGAAGAUCAGAAGACCAACAAGGACGAAGCGAAUAGGAACAGGCAAAGUUUCGGUCAGGUAUCCUGCGACGAAUACAAACCGUAUUUAGACAAAAGCGUCGAGGGGAAGUGGAAAAGGAAAAAGGGACCUGCUCCGCCCUGUCCGAUACCCCAUCGUAGGAAAAUAAAGGUAAUGUCCCUUAAGGACGUUAAAAUGGAGUUAGAUGAGAUAGAAAUGCAACAGCAGGGCUUAGAAAAGCAAGGUGUCCGAUUGGAACAAUUGAUAAGAAGCAAGUGCGAGUCGGGACCCAGAAAUAACGAUGCUAGCCUCGGGACAGACGUAGAGGAAUUAGUCUUAGAGUUAUUUGCUUUGGUGAACGAAAAGAACGAACUGUUCAGGCGGCAGGCCGAAUUGAUGUUGCUCCGAAGGCAGCAGAGGCUGGAAGAGGAACACGCCGAGAUCGAAUAUCAAAUUCGGUGUUUAAUGUCGCGGCACGAAUCGACCAAAACGGACUUCGAUAAACAGAAGGAGGAAGCAUUGAUUCAAAGACUCGUAGAAAUCGUGGAGAAACGGAACGAGAUAGUGGACUGUUUAGAAAUGGAUCGGCGUAGGGAAAUAGAAGAGGACCGGAGUAUCAAUCGACACAUGGAUCUGUUUGCAGCCAAGAAUAAAAACGAGUCUAUGAACAACGAGGUGUCCGAGAAGAAGAAACGGAAACAAAGUAAAUCGAAGGAGAAAACGAAGGAGAAGAAACUGAAGAAGACGUUUAAAAAGGACAUCGACAAAGACGUCGAUGAAAUUGAAUUGACGCUGAAGCGUCACACUAAGCGUAGGUGGUUUUGACUAACAUUUAUCCUUAAGCAUGCGACACUGUGUAAGUUAUUAGACUACUACCUCGAAUUUUGUAUUCAAAGCUUUUUCUAAACUAUCCACUCUACGGAAGCUGCACAGUUAGAUUGUGAAACUCGUAAUAUUUUCAAAUGUUCCAUCCAAAUAUGUAAGAUUUACAACAAUAUACAUGAAAUGUUCACACGUA